AUGAAGGGCUCAACGCCACGGGCACACGCUGCCACUGCCCACUCGACCCUCCCGCUCUUCCCGCUCCUCGCUUCCCACAACCCCCAGACCCGCACAGACGCCGCUCUCCAGCUCAUCACCGCUCUCCCGCUCUCCCUCUCAGACCCAAAACAGGACCCAGACACGCCCUACACCCUCAAGCGACUCGUCACCGGUCUCGCGUCGUCGAACGAGGCAGCGAGGCAAGGGUUCGCCGUCGCUCUCGCUCAACUCGUACAGUCCCUCCCCGAAGACAGCGAUGCGGCGACUGUCCUCCCCGCCCUCAUCGAGGCGACGACGAGCAAGGCAGGCAUGGACGCGCGCGAGGAACGAGACCUCCUCUUUGCCCGCCUGAUGGGACUGCACGCACUCGUCCGCUCGGGCGUGCUCGUUCGCGCAGAGGGCAAGGCGAGCAACGCAGGCGAGAACUGGAAGGAGGUCGUCCUCGCCCUCGUAUCCCUCGCCAACAAGAAGACUUGGAUCCGCGAACCCGCUUACUGGGUCGUCUGCGAUGCCCUCCGUGCCCUCCUCGAGGUCAGCGACGCCGUCGCAUGGAAAGACGAGACGGUGCAGUGGGCGGUCCAGCGGCUACUCGGAGACGCGAGGGAAAAGGCGCGCGGGUGGAGUCCCGAAAAGGUCGCCAUCGUCCUCGUCCUCCAGUCGCACGGCGUGGACGCCGACUACGCCGCCCUCCUCGCCCCGACCUUCCCCUCAGGCUGGCUCCUCGCCCGCUCGUCCCUCUCGACCCUCGCCAACGCCCUCAAAGGCUCGCUCUCCUCCUCUUCCUCCCUUGACUCGUCUUCCGCCGGUCCCUCGCAAGGCUCGAACGCAGUCAAGACCUCCAAGGGCGCCUCGGCUCCCGCACCAGGCCAAGCACCGCACUUUGUCUGGCAACUCCUCUGCGACGCAUACUUUCCCCCUCCCUCCUCUCCCUCGUCCGCUCCGAUUACGGACCGUGCACCCUUCAACGCUUUCUGGACCGCCUGCGUCGACACGCCCCUCUUCGGAUCCUCCUCGCACCCUCUCAAAGCACUCGGGUUCAACCUCAUCCAGCUGUUCCUCCCGCGCCUCUCUUCGCCCUCGAACGACAUCCAGACGCUCUUCGGCCCGAACGCGUUGAGGGUGUUGCACAACCACCUCAAGCGGGACUCGGUCGCCGCCGGAUCUGGGGGCAAGACGCUCGCGAAAGUCGCAGAGAAACUCGUCGGCUCCACCUUGCCCUCUUACCUCUCCCAACACCCCGAGGCUGCACUCCCGGUCUUGAAGGCGCUCGUGAGCGAGCCCAACUCGCAGUACAACGCGUUCGAGACUAAGGUGCUCGAGAAGAUUGUGGUCAAGCUUCCUCUCUCCGCGGGAGGCGUAAGGGGAUGGGUCGCCUACCUUCGCAGCGUCGUCCUUUCGCCCUCGCUUCUCGGCUCCGACGACGAUGAGCAGGCGAAGGAAGACGAAGACAAGGUUGUCGCCGCGCAACGGAACUGGGCUUUCGAUCAGAUGUUGUUUGUCGUCCGCAAUGCCAGCGUCGAGAAAGACGACGAGUUGGUCAAGGGCUUGUUGGAGUUUCUUGCGGUUGUUGGGUGGUUCGAGGUCCGCAAGGAGGGUGGCAAGGGUGCUCGCUCCUACACCCCCACCCGCCCGCUCACCUCCACGCACCGCCUCUCCGCCCGUUCACGCUUCUUCUCGAUCCUCUCGGCACUCAUUUCCGCCCCUGUACCACUCGGCGGUCCGGCGUGGCUUGCGCGCGCAUUGGGAGCGCUGGACGCCCUCGAGGGGGAUGCGAAGCACUUCGCCCGUGCGGAGGUCAUGGAGGAUGAUGAGGAAGAGGCGGAGGAGGGAUUGGACCGCCUCAAGGCUCUUCAUGCGGCGCUCAGUCAGUCGCCGAAGGACGGAGAGGAGAAGGAGCUGUUGAGGCGUGCGACGGCUCGUGCGUUGCUUGAGGGCGUCAGGUUGGUCGUUUGGGAUGAGGGGGCGGACGAGGCGGGUGAUGUGAUUGAGGGAGCGGUCGACGCGGUCGAGGCUUUGUUCCCCUCCCUCUCUUCUCCCUCCUCUUCUUCCUCAGACGAAGAGGAAGACACCGAAGAAGGGGACAAGCCCGAACCUGCAACAAUCCUCCUCGACACCCUCCUGACCCUCCUCCGUCGCCCAAGCGCAUUCGUCAAAUCCUUCGUUGGGCCGAUCGUCCUUCGUGGGUUUGCGGAUGAGGUUGGAGAACAGGGGGUCGAGUUGGUUUUGGGGGUUGUGGCGCCUGAGGAGGAGGAAGAAGGGGACGAGGAGGAGGAGACGGGCGAAGGAGAGGGGAAGGAGGAGGAGGACGAGGAGAGCAGCGAUGAGGACGAAGACGAGGACGACGAGGACGACGGACUCGAGGUCGACGAGGCGUUCAAGCAGGAACUCCUUGCCGCGCUCGAGGCGGGCGGGAUGGCUGUCCCCAAUGCGGCGUCGGACGACGAGGAUGAGGAGAUGCAGGAUGGAGAGGGCGAGAGCGAGGAGGAGGAGCUUCUGGACGACGAUGCGAUGCUGGAGCUGGAUGAGCGGCUGGCGGAUAUUUUCCGUGCGAACGGAGGAGGGAGGAGGAGCAAGAAGCGUGAUCGGCAAGACGAUCUGCACUACCGCCUGCGCUGCCUCGAUCUUCUCGACGUCCUCACGCACGCCAAGCCCGCCUCGCCCCUCCUCACCCCGCUCUUCGUCCCGCUCUUCAACCUCAUCCGCACGGCGUCAUCGGCAGUCGAGUCCGAGCUGCAAACCAAGGCAGGCAAGCUCCUCCGCUUCCUCGUCCAGCCUCGCAAGGCCGCCUCGCCCGCCGACGGCGUCGACGCCUCGGCCUCGGCUGAGAGCGCCCUCGACGCGCUCAAGGCGCUGCACAAGGCCGCCGCCAACGUUGACGACGUCUCGCUCGCGCCGCUCUGCGCCCAGGUUGGCGUGGCGCUCGUCAAGACCGUGGCUGCCCUCUCGCCCUCGACCGCCCAGGUAGACGUCUCGCGCAUCUACCUCGCCAGCUUCGAGAAGUACCUCACGACCAAGAACGCCAAGACGCGCGUCCAGCCUGCUCUCACGCUCGAGGCGGCUAAGCGCGCGCCCGCGGCCCUUUGGGGCAUGGUCGGACGGGUGGUCGAGCUUGCGGCGGGAGAGGGGGAGAAGGUCAAUGCGUUCAGGAGGAUGCAGGCGUUCGAGGUCGCGCAGGCGGUCGUCACUGCCUACGCCAGCUUGAAGACGCCCGAAUCCAAGGCUGAAGUCCUCGCAGUCCUCCCGCCCUACCGUGACGCCCUCUACUCGGCCCUCUCGUCCUCCCUCUCCGCCUCGACCGCCUCUCCCGACUUUGACAUCGCUCGCCUCAAGCUUCUCGCCAAGCAAGCUCUUGCCGUCGCACGCCUCACCGUCCAAAUCUCGUCGCAGUCGACCGCAGCACAACUGUGGAAGGCCGACGAGUGGGCCAAGCUGAUCGACGUCGCGAAGAAGAACGAGCGGUUCAAGGGCGCCGUCGGCGUCCAGACGCUCGUCAAGCAGCUCGUUGGCGUGCUUGGCGCUUCAGUGUCGGAGAAUGCGGCGGCCGGCAAAGCUGGCAAGAAGGAGAAGAAGCGCAAGGCGAAUGCGGCGGACAAGGUGAACGAGGGGACGCCGGCGAAGAAGUCCAAGCAGGACAAGGCGGCGGUCCCUGCUCCUCUCGCGGCGGCGCCGGAGAACGAGGUCCAGGACGAGUCGGUCGAGGCGGCGGAGGGAGCGGAGGCAGAGACGGCGACGCCCUCGAAGAAGGACAAGAAGAAGAAGCGGCGGCAGUCGGCGGCGGGCAAGGCAUAG